UUUAUUAAUAAUUUUUUUUUUAUUUCGAAAUUUAAUGUGCCUUUACUGGUAUUAUUAAAAGAAAAUAUCGCUCUAUAAUAAAUUUAUACAUAUUUGAUCGGAUAUGACGAUAUUGGUAUUGGAAAAAAAAUUACAAAAAAUAAAAAAAAUAAUUUAAUUAUUUUUUAUUUUUUUUUUUUAUUUUUUUUUUUUAAUUAUUUUUUUUAAAUUUCUGUUUCUUUUUAAUAACACAACAAAAAAAAAUAUUUUUUUUAUAAUAAAUAAGUUUUUUAUAAUAAUUAUAAAUAAUUUUAAUAUUAUUAUAAAAAAAAUAAAAUGGAUAAUAUUACAAAAUCAUUUAAACAAACAGGUUUCACCAACAGAGAAUAUUUUCAACAACAAUCACCAUUGCUUGGUAAUCAAUUUCUUGAAGAUACCGAGUUGUUAAAGGCAUUAAAAAGAGUUUUACCUCUCGAAGUUUUAAACGAAAUUAAACCAGAUUUAACCCAAUUUGGUGAUAGAGUAGUCAAUGAUAUUUUAGAACUUGGUAGAGCCUCUGAAAACAAUCCACCAAAAUUACUUCAAUUAGAUGCUUGGGGAAGACGUAUUGAUAAAAUUGUUGUAGAUGAAUCAUGGAAUAAAUUAAAAGAUAUAGGAUGCAAAGAAGGUUUAGUAUCGAUUGGUUAUGAAAGAAAAUAUAAAGAGUUUUCAAGAAUCUAUCAAUACAUUAAAAUUUAUUUAUUUGCAUGUUCAAGUGCCGUAUUUGAUUGUCCAUUAUCAAUGACUGAUGGUGGCGCCAGAUUAUUAGAACUCCAUGGUACCGACUCUAUGAAGAAAGAUGAAUUACAACAUUUUAUUACAAGAGAUCCAAGCCAAUUUUGGACUAGUGGUCAAUGGAUGACUGAAAAAACUGGAGGAUCAGAUGUUAGCGGCUCAGAAACUAUUGCACAAGAAUUAACCAAUCCAUCUGAAUACCCAAAACUAUUAUCAACUCCCCCAACACACAAAGUUAGUGGUUAUAAAUAUUUUACAUCAGCCACAACAUCAGACUCGUCAAUGAUUUUAGCUAGAGAUGUCGACAAAGAUGGCAAUGGAGGUGUUAGUGGAUCAAGAGGCUUAUCUGUCUAUCUCAUUAAAUUAAGAACACCAAAUGGUGAACUCGAUAGAAUUAGAGUACACAAACUCAAGAAUAAAUUUGGUACCAAAGCUGUACCAACAGCCGAACUCGAACUUAUGGGUACUCCAGCCGUUAGAAUUGGUCCAAAAGGAAGAGGUGUUCCAGUUAUUGCAUCUAUUUUAAACAUUACUAGAAUUCAUAAUGUAAUCCAUUCUGUCUCUACAAUGCGUAGAUGUAUUGCCAUUGGCAGAGACUUUGCUCAUCGUAGAACUGUUUUCGGCAAACUCCUUAAAGAUAACCUUCUUUAUCUUUCAACACUAGCUGAAAUGGAAUUGGAAUUUAGAGCUGGUUUACAUUUCCUUUUGGAUGUUAGUUUACUCUUAGGUAAAUCCGAAUGUUGUGCCACCCCAGAAACUGACUCACUCUUAAGAAUUCUCACACCACUCUCUAAGCUCUACACUGCCAAGCAAAGUAUUUGGGUAUCAUCAGAGGGUAUCGAACUUUUAGGUGGUACUGGUUAUAUGGAGGAUUCUGAUAUGCCACGUCUUUUCAGAGAUACACAAGUUACAUCCAUUUGGGAAGGUACUACCAAUGUUUUAUCAAUGGAUGUAUGGAGAUCACUUAAAAACACCAAAACCAUCGAAUGCUUCUUUAAAUCAAUUCAAGAUCGUGUAUCAAAUACCUCUGGUGUUAACCAAAACCUAUUACCACUCUUUAACAAGGCUACCAAAUCCAUCAAUGACUCAAUUGCUGUUAUUCGUUCAGUUAUCGACAAAGUUAUGAAUGGUGAUAUGGAAUAUGCCGAAUCAAAUGCUCGUCGUUUUGCCUAUUUAUUAUCUCAAACUUAUAUGGCAUCUUUAUUAUUUGAACAUGCCAAAUGGUCAAAUGAUCCAUUAGAUAUCGAAGUUUGCAAUAGAUGGUGUUAUGUUAAAUUAGAGGGUGGAAAAGAAAAGAAUCAAGAUAUCUCAUUUGUAAAUACCGACGAAAAAUGGAGAGAAAUUGACAUUAAAUUAGCUUUAGAUUUAGAUGAAAAUGGUAAUCCAAGAGGCACAGGUGAUAGAUGUAAUGUAACAAAUAAAUUAAGAUCAAGAUAUUAAAAAUUUAGAAAUAAAAAAAAAAAUUUUAAAUAAAAAAAAAUAAAAUAAAAUAUAGAAAUAAAAUAACUAUAUAAUAAUAAACUUUAUAAAUACAACGAUAUUAUAUCGUUUUCU